GAUCUGAAACGAGAGCUGAAGAACCUUGCGCUGGAUGAUAAGGACAACAUCAACGAGCACGCGGUGCUCCAGUGCCAGAUCAAGCAUGCGCGGUUUUCCCGCAUAACGACGAUCAUCUCCUUCACGCAAAACAUCAUUGGGACGGUAGCAAACGUUGCCACUGCUGGCGCAAGCGUCCCUCUUACCAUUGCUUUGUCCGUGGGCAACAGCAUGGCAAGCCACAUCCGCUCAAAGCAGUGUGACGAUUUGAAGAAGAGACUGGAGAAGGAGAGUGCGGAGUCCGAACUUCUCUUCCAGGCCUUGGAGAACCCCGACGAAGAGUGA